CAGCCCAAUAAAUGUCGUCAACCACUUCCAAAACGGACCCGGCAUGGAAUUAUUUUGAAGCUGAUCCUAAUGAUAGAAAUACCACCACAUAUAAAUUUUGUCGUAAAGUAACAAAAUGUGGUAUAUUUCGGGCGAAACAACAUCUUGUGGGCGGUUUUAGGAAUACUAAAUCUUGUCCAAAAUGUCCUCUAUCAGUAAAAGAAGAGAUUGAAGAGUACAUGCAAAAGAAGAAAAAUAACAGGGAUGAGCGAAAUAUAGCAUCGUUAGAUGAUGAUCUUCAAUUUGGUGAAGUGUAUGAUGAUGAUGAUGAUGAGCCGCUGCCUCAAAGUAGAAAAAGACCCAAUGUAUCUACCGGAAGUGGAAGCGGUACUGGUAGUGUUGGUAGUGUUAAAGGGCCAACACAAAAGGGUCCACUUGAUGUUUUUCUUAAAGACCCAGAAGUUAAUGUGUUAAAAAGCAAGGGCAAAGGAAAGCAAACAAGAUUGGGUGAGCAUGAUUUUGUAAAAAAAGAGUUAAGAGCUCGAGUUUGUAGAAGCUUUGCACGAUGGAUGUAUGAUGCAGGCAUUCCAUUCAAUGCAGUGACAUAUGACAGUUUUAAAGUAUUUAUAGAAGCAGUUGGUCAGUAUGGUCCGAGUGUGAAGCCGCCUAGUUACCAUGAAGUCAGGGUUCCCCUUCUCAAACAAGAGGUGGAAGCCACUCGUGAAAUGAUGAAAGAUCAUGAAGAGGCGUGGGCCAAAUAUGGAUGUUCCAUUUUGUCAGAUGGCUGGAAAGACAAGAGGGAAAGGACAUUGAUUAACUUUUUAGUCAAUUCUCUUAAAGGAAGUAUGUUCUUGGAGUCUGUUGAUGGUUCUAGCUAUUCAAAGACUGGGGAAAAGAUGUUUCAAUUAUUAAGUAAAUGUGUGGAAAAGAUUGGAGUAAGAAAUGUGGUGCAAGUGGUCACCGAUAGUGUUUCAAACAAUGUUUUAGCAGGAAGAUUUUUGGAGGCAAAAUAUCCUACGUUGUUUUGGACACCAUGUGCAGCGCACUGCUUGGAUUUAAUGUUGGAAAAUAUUUUCAAGUUGCCUAAUAUGAAGAAGACAUUUGAGAGAGCUGUUAUGGUGAAUAGCUAUAUCUAUACUCGUUCGGGUCUAGUAAACAUGCUUAGAAGGUUUACUGACAAGAAAGAGUUGUUGAGGCCUGCAAAAACACGAUUUGCAACUGCCUUUAUCACUUUGGGCAGGAUGCAUAGUCUGAAAAGCAACCUUAGAAAGAUGUUUACCUCCGAGGAGUGGAUGACAAGCAAGUGGGUAAAAGAAGCGGGGGCUAAAAAGGUUGUAGAAGUGAUUUUGAUGCCUUCAUUUUGGAACAAUGUUGUAUUUGCUAUAAAGGUGGCUAGUCCAUUGGUGUGUGUAUUGCGCUUAGUGAAUGGUGAGAAGAAGCCUGCUAUGGGAUACAUAUAUGAGGCCAUGGAUAGGGCCAAAGAAGCGAUUGCUAACUCUUUUAAUGGGGAUGAAAAGAAGUAUGCACCCAUUUUUCAGAUCAUUGAUAAUCGAUGGGAUGUUCAGCUUCAUCGGCCCUUGCACGCAGCUGGUUGGUACUUGAACCCAGAAUAUUUCUACAAAGCUGAACGUAUAGAUCCAGAGAUCAUGACUGGCUUAUAUGAAUGCAUUAGAAAGUUAAAUCCAGAUAUAAAGGUUCAAGACCAAAUUGAUGCUGAGCUUUCGAUGUAUAGCAAUGCAGAUGGGUUCUUUGGAAACUAUAUGGCUAUUAGAAAGAGAGCUGAGAAAUCACCAGGUACACAUAUAUAUUAUAUAUUACAUUAUAUAUAUAAUCAUUCUAGAUAA